AUUUUAAAUCUCACUGUUAUUUGAAUUCGCGAAAACUGUCCACCACACCAUGAAGUAAAGUGAUGUGAAGUGGAGCUGGAGGUUGAAGAAAAAUAAAAUCCAAUGUAGCCACUUAAUCUGGACAUUUGUAAGGCUCCCACUCCACUUCGAAAUUUAUAUACAAAAACUCGUACAUAUAAUAUCGUAUCUCGCAUCUAUAGUUAGUUUGGACUUCUAAAUAUACCGACCGGUUGGUUUUGCUUACUGUUGUCGUUGUAAUCCAAAGACCCGACUAAACCAAACCAGUGGCAAUGUACUUCUUCUCGCGGUUUGACGUUUUGUAAUGCGCCAACAUGAUAUCGCGGGUGACUGUCUUCUUGCAUUUAAUUAAGGUUUUUCGUGGUACUUUUGUAAUUGUUAGUGUUUUUCUAAAAGGUUUUUCCAAUAUUCAACCAUGACGAAUAAAAUAUUUUGAAUUCAAAUAUAUACAAAAAGAUUUAUAUAAAUCUUAUGUCAAAAUUCUAAUAAUUUCAACAAGGAUAUGAAAUAAAAUCAUAUUCGAUGAGCAUAAGCAAUUUAUUCGGUUAAGUGCAUACGGUUUUGUUCAAAUUCAAGAUACUGUCUCAAUUAAAGCAGUGCAUCGAAGGCUAACAGACGUUUAAUCAAUAAUUUUAUUUUCAUAUUGAUUUUUUCACAUCAGUGUUUGAUAACGUCUGCAGUUGAAUAGAAGUCCAAAACAUAAAGUUACAUCAAGAUUUCUAGUUACCGUCCCGUCAAUAGAUAGUCAAUUGUAAAAUGGUUAACAAUCGCAGAUUCAAUGACAAAGAACCAGCUUUUGGAAUACGUCAUUUACAAUGUGCUCUUAUAUUUUUUGGCCAGGCAGUUGCCUAUAUGUUGCGUGUAAAUAUGUCCGUAGCUAUUGUAGCAAUGACUGAUGAAUCCAUAAAUCCCGAAUUUGAUGUUUUCACAUGGUCAGAACGAACAAAAUCUCUAAUUCUUAGCAGUUUCUUCUGGGGUUAUGUUAUAACCCAAGUUCCAGCAGGACAACUCGCUCAACGAUAUGGCGCAAAAUUAGUUCUCUUUUGGGGAAUCACAAUAUGUUCUGUCCUUGCAAUCCUCACACCAGUUUGUGCCCGAAUAGGUGGAUCAACAUUAGUUUGUACAUUACGUGUUAUCCAAGGCCUUUGUCAAGGAUGUCUUCUGCCGUCAACACACAAUCUCAUUUCGAAAUGGGCUCCAGUCGCCGAACGUGGCAGACUAGGUACAAUAAGCUAUUCGGGGGGUCAAUUUGGAACCGCUUUAAUGCUUUGGAUAAGUGGAGAGCUGGCGGCUUCAUUAAUGGGCUGGCCAAGCACAUUUUAUUUUCCCGGAGGAGUGGGCUGUAUAUGGGCCGUACUGUGGUACUUUUUCUCGUCGAGCUCCCCAGCUGAGAGUCAUCUUAUCUCCGAGGAAGAGAAGUUAUACAUUGAAAUGUUACCCGUCAAUGGAGUAGCUAGUAAAACUAAUGACGAGAAAAAGCCAAAGUUGGUGACACCGUGGAAGGAAAUUUGGACAUCGUGUCCAUUCUAUGUUCUGCUCUUUGUGCACUGUGCCAAUAACUGGGGUUAUUGGACUCUUCUGAUUGAAAUUCCCACUUACUUGAAGAAAGUCAUUGGAAUGGAUAUCAAAAACAGUGCGCUCCUGUCAUCACUGCCAUAUUGGGUGAUGUUCUUACUGAGCUACUUUUUCCUCUUCCUCUCGGAAAUUUUGGACAAAAAAAAGGGCAGAGAUCUGGCCUUCAGCAGGAAAUUCUUCAACACCAUGGGACAUUGGGUGCAAAUGUUGGGACUUAUUGGUUUGGGAUUUGUUGAUGGAAACAAUCCAACAAUAGCAGUUGCCCUACUGACACUGACAGUUGGAAUGAAUGCAUCCUGCUAUUUGGGAUUCCUGAUCAAUCACAUUGAUUUGUCGCCCAAUUUCGCCGGAACUCUAAUGGGCAUUACAAAUGGUAUAGCAAAUAUCAUGAGUAUUUUCGCUCCACUUACUGUUGGGGUUAUUGUUAGCGAUGAGACAGACCCUGUUCAAUGGAGAAUAAUAUUUUUUAUAUCAGCGGGCUUCUUCUUUGUGGGGAAUUUGAUGUUUGUAAUUUUUGGUAAAUGUGAAACUCAACCUUGGAACGAACCCAAAGUUAAGGACAAUAAGAAUAAAUUAAACGGUCACAACACAGUCAACGUAGAAUUACAGCAGUGAGACCAGAUGCGUGUUUUUUUUUAAUUUCUAGUUUAAGUUAAGGUUACGUACUCAACUGCAGAAAAAAGUGUGAUCUAGUCAUAAGUACCUACCUUUAGUUUUAAUUUUAGGUAAAAUAAUUAUUUAAUCAUAAUUAACUAACUUUAGCAUUAAAAAUCAAACAAUAAUAAUAAUAUUUUAUUAUCUUAUAGGGUUUUAAAAAAAUGUAUAAUGUCAUAUCCCAUUAAUGAUAUUAUAAUUUAUCGAGAUUUUUAAAUGAAAUUAGAAAUAAAAAGGAUAUGCAAUGUUCUGCAUGUUUAGAACCAAUAAUGUCGUUAGUUUAUGACUUCUGAAGAAGAUUUGCAAUUUAUGAAGCAAACUUUAAUACAAGUAUCAAGUAACUUUAAAAUCUAAAAUCUAACUUUUAUUGCAUAUUAAUUUAAAUUUAAUUUGCAAGGUAUUUUUAAAAAUACCUUAUUUGUUUUGUAUAAGUAUGGGAGCUGUGAGGUUUUAAAUGUAAGAUACGAAUUUUAGUACCAAUGCUUUAAAAUAACUUACAGCUCCGAUUUAAAUAUUCCCUUGCUUAUGUGUUAGCAUCAUUUAGUCAAUAAUAAGUCAAUUAUUUAAGAUAUUGUAGACUUUUUUUAAUCUAUUGCAAAUAAGUUAAUAAGUAUAUAUAUUUUUAAUUUAAUAAUAAAUUCAAUUUUAGUUUAUAAUUUUUAUUGUAAUCGGGAAUAUGCAUAUAAUAAAAUAAGCUAAAUAAAAAUAAUUGUAGAUAAAUAAAAUAUUUACUUUUAACUAACGGAAAGAGCCGAA